AUGGCCUCGUCUAUGCCGGAAGAUACCCCCUCCCUGGAGGGAACGUCUACCUAUACCUCGCGGGUAUCAGUGCAGACAUCCCAUAGAAGGGGAUCAACAACCGUGGGACUAGGCAUCUCUGACUGUGGGCUUGAUCCUUCAUUCGACCCGAUGAGAUGGUCUCCCAACCACGUGCCUUUCACUAUGGGUUCCAACAUGCUGAAUCAUCUCAUGCCGACCGAGGACCUCUACAACCCCCCGUUAGAGGCUGACGACUUCUGUGGCAGGUCGUGCUACCAAAUCUACAGUGGUCUCCCAGUCCCUUCGCACUCCCCGCUCAGCUUCGAUGGACCUCGAACGAUGAACACAACCCACCACUACAAUCCUGCUAUGGAAAUUCGUGCUAGUCAGAAUAUGUUUGCGGGGCAGAUGGGUGGGAUGCCGGGGCUCUGGGCGAAUACGCCAGUUUCAGGACCAACGUCGCCGCUCCAGUCCAUACCCAUCGCAGCAGCUCGCACAAUGGAGAGCCAUUGGAACCCAGAAAUCUACCCAGAGACAAGUGUUGUACCCCCACUAGCUUGGCCGGUCACAGGGACCUCUUACCCUCCAAUCCCGCCUACGAGUGAAGGCAACGCGAGCGGGUCCACCAGACACCGUCACUCCAGUCCCGUGUCAGUCGCGUCUUCCCCUCAAGGGACACCCACCGGAGAUGGUACCGCUGAAGCUGCCGCCAAGCCAAACAAGCGUGGCAGGAAGCCAGUAGAGAAGGGCUGCGAAUGUCGCGUGUGCGGCUUCUACUUUACCAGACGCUCCAAUUGCCUUGCGCACCAGAAAAGGCACGACCCAAGUUUCCACCGCGCAAUCCCAUGCGAAGAAUGUAGCAAGUCCUUUGGAAGGAAUUCGGAUCUCAGAAGGCACAUAGACACGGUGAGUGGGAAACAAAAGAAGGAUGGACCAGUACAGUGCUGA